AGGAGUAUAUAGAGGAACACAGGGGUCUAUACAAGGACGUGAUGAUGGAGAAUCACCGGCCCCUCACAUCACUGGAUGGACCCAGUAACAGAGAUACCCCAGAGAGAUGUCCCCGUCCUCUGUAUACCCAGGAUUGUACAGAGGAGAAUCACAGGAUCCCACAGGAGGAUCAGGUAGAAUGUCUGUCUGAAGAAGAGACAUAUGUGACUGAUAUGAAGGCAGAAGAUAUAGAGGGAGAAGAAGAGACGUAUGUGACUGAUAUGAAGGCAGAAGAUACAGAAGGAGAAGAAGAGACGUAUGUGACUGAUAUGAAGGCAGAAGAUACAGAGGGAGAAGAAGAGACGUAUGUGACUGAUAUGAAGGCAGAAGAUAUAGAGGGAGAAGAAGAGACGUGUGUGCCUGAUAUGAAGACAGAAGAUAUAGAGGGAGAAGAGAUGUAUGUGACCGAUAUGAAGGCAGAAGAUAGAGAGGGAGAAGAGACGUAUGUGACUGAUAUGAAGGCAGAAGAUACAGAGGGAGAAGAAGAGACGUAUGUGACUGAUAUGAAGGCAGAAGAUACAGACAGAGAAGAAGAGACGUAUGUGACUGAUAUGAAGGUAGAAGAUAUAGAGGGAGAAGAAGAGACGUAUGUGAGGGGUGAUCAUCAGUGUAAGGAGGAGGAGAUCCCUACAGAUAUCAGCACAGCAGAUGGACACAAAAGCAGGAACAUCUCAGAAGGACAUCUAAUGUUAUCCCCGGACUGUGAAAUAAAAGAUGAUGACAGUAGACAGGAUUCUCCAGGAGAUAACCCCAUUACCCCAAUUGUACCUCCAGCCCUGUCAGCUGAUCCUUCUGAUCCUGGGAAAUGUUCUCCUGAUCACUCUGAUAUUGGUGCAUCUGUUACAGCUCUGACAGUAGAUACAGUGUUUCCCUGUUCUAUAGAUGCCAAAUGUUUUACACCGAACACAAAGCUUAUUACCCAUCAGUCAGCUAAGGCAUAUGAGAGGCCAUUUCCAUGUUCUGAGUGUGGGAAAUGUUUUACAUGCAAAUCAGCUCUUGUUGCACAUCUGAGAAUUCACACAGGUGAGAGGCCAUUUCCAUGUUCUGUGUGUGGGAAAUGUUUUACAUGGAAAUCAACUCUUGUUACACAUCAGAAAACUCACACAGGUGAGAGGCCAUUUCCAUGUUCUGAGUGUGGGAAAUGUUUUACACUGAAAUCAUAUCUUGUUCAACAUGAGAGAAGUCACACAGGUGAGGGGAACUUUCCAUGUUCUGAGUGUGGGAAAUGUUUCACACACAAAUCAGUUCUUGUUACACAUCAGAGAAGUCACACAGGUGAGAAACCAUUUCCAUGUUCUGAGUGUGGGAAAUGUUUCACACACAAAUCAGUUCUUGUUACACAUCAGAGAAGUCACACAGGUGAGAAUCCAUUUCCAUGUUCUGAGUGUGAGAAAUGUUUCACACACAAAUCAGCUCUUGUUAGACAUCAGAGAAGUCACACAGGUGAGAAACCAUUUCCAUGUUCUGAGUGUGGGAAAUGUUUCACACACAAAUCAGUUCUUGUUACACAUCAGAGAAGUCACACAGGUGAGAAUCCAUUUCCAUGUUCUGAGUGUGGGAAAUGUUUCACACACAAAUCAGUUCUUGUUACACAUCAGAAAAGUCACAUAGGUGAGGAACCAUUUUCAUGUUCUGAGUGUGGGAAAUGUUUUACUAAAGCAUCAUAUCUUGUUAUACAUCAGAGAAGUCACACAGGUAAGGAGCAAUUAUCAUGUUCUGAGUGUGGGAAAUGUUUUGCAGCUAAAUCAAAACUUGUGAGACAUCAGAGAAGUCACACAGGUGAGAAACCAUUUAAGUGUUCUGAGUGUGGGAAAUGUUUUGCUCUGCAAUUAAAUCUGGUUACACAUCAGAAAAGUCACACAGGUGAGGAACCAUUUUCAUGUUCUGAGUGUGGGAAAUGUUUUACUAAGGCAUCAUAUCUUGUUAUACAUCAGAGAAGUCACACAGGUAAGGAGCAAUUUUCAUGUUCUGAGUGUGGGAAAUGUUUUGCAAAUAAAUCAGCUCUUGUAAUACAUCAGAGAAGUCACACAGGUGAAAAACCAUUUUCAUGUUCUGAGUGUGGGAAAUGUUUUACUUCCAAAUCAACUCUUGUUAUACAUCAGAGAAGUCACACAGGUGAGAAGCCCUUUGCAUGUUCUGAGUGUGGAAAAUGUUAUACUACUUCAUCACAUCUUGUUAUUCAUCAGAGAAAUCACACUGGUGAGAAACCAUUUCCAUGUUCUGAGUGUGGGACAUGUUUUAAAAAGAAAUCACAUCUUGUUAUGCAUCAGAGAAUUCAUACAGGUGAGAAGCCAAUGAUAUGUUCUGAGUGUGGGAAAUGUUUUGCAUUCAAAUCAGCUCUUGUUAGACAUCAGAGAAGUCACACAGGUGAGAAUCCAUUUCCAUGUUCUGAGUGUGGGAAAAGUUUUCCAUACAUAUCAGAUCUUGUUAAUCAUCAGAAAUGUCACACAGGUGAGAAUCCAUUUUCUUGCUCUGAGUGCGGGAAAUGUUUUACACGGAAAUCAGGUCUUGUUACACAUCAACGAAGUCACACAGGUGAGAAGCCAUUUUCCUGUUCUGAAUGUGGGAAAUGUUUUAUAAGUAAAUUAUAUCUUGUUAGACAUCAGAUAAUUCACAUAGGUGAGAAUCCAUUUUCUUGCUCUGAGUGCGGGAAAUGUUUUACCCUGAAACAUAAUCUUGUUAUACAUCAGAGAAGUCACACAGGUGAGAAGCCAUUUUCUUGCUCUGAGUGUGGGAAAUGUUUUACCCUGAAAUCAAAUCUUGAUACACAUCAGAGAAGUCACACAGGUGAGAAGCCAUUUUCUUGCUCUGAGUGUGGGAAAUGUUUUACCCUGAAAUCAAAUCUUGAUAAACAUCAGAGAAGUCACACAGGUGAGAAGCCAUUUUCUUGCUCUGAGUGCGGGAAAUGUUUUACACGGAAAUCAGGUCUUGUUACACAUCAACGAAGUCACACAGGUGAGAAGCCAUUUUCCUGUUCUGAAUGUGGGAAAUGUUUUAUAAGUAAAUUAUAUCUUGUUAGACAUCAGAUAAUUCACAUAGGUGAGAAUCCAUUUUCUUGCUCUGAGUGCGGGAAAUGGUUUACCCUGAAACAUAAUCUUGUUAUACAUCAGAGAAGUCACAUAGGUGAGAAGCCAUUUUCUUGCUCUGAGUGUGGAAAAUGUUUUACCCUGAAAUCAAAUCUUAAUACACAUCAGAGAAGUCACACAGGUGAGAAGCCAUUUUCUUGCUCUGAGUGUGGGAAAUGUUUUACCCAGAAAUCACAACUUGUUACACAUCAGAGAAGUCACACAGGUGAGAGGCCAUUUCCAUGUUCUGAGAAAUAAAUCAGCUCUUGUCGCACACAAUAGACAUCACUCAGGUGAGGAACCAUUCUUUUCUUCUGGAGUAUACUUAUCAUUGCCAUGUAACGUUCUUCAAGGUUCUUAUCCUUUCUCCCAAGCUUUUUGCAAUACACAUGCUACCACUGGGUGAAACAGACAUCAUGUCCUCGUUUACCACUGCUAUGCCGGUGACCGGUCUUUUGCUCUGGGUACUGAGAACCCAAUACCAAUCCUAAAUGUCUAGCUGAGCUCCAGGUGUGGGUGACGCCAGUUGGCUUUGACUCCGUCCUAGUGAAACAGUUCCAUAUGAUAGAAGCUCACGACAAAGGGCAGGGCUACAGCUCAGCUUUGCUUACCAACCAGACUUACACUUGGGGGUUCAGAGUUACAAAAUGCUGAUCAUGUGUGGAAUCACUUCCUUGAGAAAGAAUCCAGCUCUGGAUUCGAAACGCGUUGGAACAAGAAGGAGCAGACACAGAGGACAUUUCACAUCGCCACCUCCGCCGCCAGCAUUCGAACUACCGGAAGUGGAGACCCGAACUUCCGGUCGCGGCAGAUCGGCUCUAAACAGCGGCUACAGCACAGCAAGUGGUAAGCAGCCAAAGCCCAGCACCAAGGCAGGACUGACUUACCAAGCUGACAGGAACAAACAUCACCAACACUAUCGGAAGCCACUCCCGGUCACGGCCUCAGCAAAGAAGAAACUAACAGGGUAAGAUAGGGAAAGUUUUUCUAUUAAGAGACUGUUUCCUCUCCUGAACUAAGUGUCUAAAAGCUCCAACUAAAGCUCCAAAAAAGGAGCUGUAAACAUUGCACUAUCUUCCUUCCCUUCCCCACCUU